UGUUAGCAUAGUCUAAAUCUAUCUCUUACGUAUUAAGGGAGCUAACUAAUAUUUCGACAACGAUUGGGACUCGAUUGUUUUGUACCUGUUUUGUGUUCCCAUCAGGCAAAGGAACACGUCAUCCCUUAACGUUAUUCAGUUGUUUGAUUCCAUAGUUAUUGGCAUUUGGUGUUCGUCCUGUUUAAUAAUUAUAUCAUUACCAGCCUUUCGUUCGACGAGUACGGGUACGGUGAACAGAACUUUGUUGACUUCAUUAUUCAAUUAUGUGUUGUUUUACAUCUGCGAACGCAAAGCUAUUCACUGAAUUUAAUGUCACUCCUCCCAAUGAAAGUGUCUAGCAGUUGCCGACGUGCUGGAUUUUCACGUCUGUUGACGACACAGAAUUUGAUAGAAAUAAGAAAAAAUGACGAACGAAAGCUGCGUAUGUGCGUCAUUUGAAAUUCAACUUAGUCCAUUCGUAGGACAAAUCUAACACCAUCAUCAAUCCGUCUGUUCCCCUUGAAUUCAUUGAAGCGUGUAAAUGGCUCCAUUGGCUACUACCAACAGAAAAAACCUGCUGCAAACAAGUGCACCAUGUGUUCUGCAAUACACCGUGUACCCAAAUAUCUUAUCCAAAAAGGACACUUCAUUUUUCAGUAUAAAGGAGCUCCAACGGAUCAAGUUGUCCAUUAGCUGACUGCCUUCCAUUACCUGUCAUUUUUCAAGAGCUCUGCCUGAAGUUAUUUGCAUAUUAUCAAGAUGCUUUUCAACUUAUGGACUGUAGGCUUGUUUUGCCUUGUUGGUUUCGUGUCAACGAAGAUUGCAGACUCUACUGAAGCGAAUCUCCAGCCAAACAUCAAUAUCACCCGUGGAACUCCAGCUCUUCCCGGCGAUUUUCCAGCAUUGGGUGCCAUGCGCGCAAGUACCGGUUCCCUUCGUUGUACUGGGACUUUAAUUGGACCUUACCACGUCUUGACGGCUGCAGCUUGUGUAUUUGGAAUGAAUUCGGAUGCUCUUUCGUUGUUUACAAUGGUGUUCAAGUCAUUGCGGGUGACUGGCGGAGUCGGCUCUAUCUCUAGAGGUGUGAGAAAGUGCAUCGUUCAUCCAAAUUACAGCAUCACUAACAGAAAAUUCAAUGUUGCCGUGAUGUUGUUAACGAAAAACGUCACAGAGAUUCCGUUCACUAAACUUCCGACAGCUUCAAGCGGUUCGUAUGAAAACGUAAUGGCCGUCCUCGCUGGAUGGGGGACAACGGCUCAAGGUGGUAGCAUUUCACCCGUUAUGUUGAAAGCCAACGUCAAGAUUCUAACCAAUGCAUUUGUCACUGCUCAAUACGGUGACUCAUUCGUUCCAAAAGUGAUGAUGGGUGCCGCUGCCCCGGAUAAUAACACCUGCCAGGGUGACAUGGGCGGUCCUCUUUACGUCAAGGGUGUUCAAGUUGGCAUUACAAACUGGGGCCUGAGUUGUACUGAUCCUGCCAAACCUAGAAUCUAUGCCCGACUCACAAGUUAUGUUGACUGGAUCAAAAGAACGUUGAUCAACAACCCGAAGUAGAUAUUUUGGCGCUAUCCAGUGGACCUUUCAUCAAAAGCAACACAAUUUUCAACUGCUUUUGAACUGACUGUGAUUCAAGUCGACUACAUAACAUUACAUGGUUUUGGUGCAUCAUGAAUCGAUUUUCAUCCAUUUUCUUUUUAGUUUUGUGUUUCUUUUGCAUUGGAUGGGACAUAAUAAAAUUCGUUAUUCAA